GCAAAUUCGAUUAAGUUCUUUUAAGUUCCUGUCUUUUAAAAAGCUGAUCCAGACAACAUUAUUGACAGAGGAGUCUUCCAGCUCCAUCGCUGCCGCUAUCUUCCGCAGGGGAAUCGAGAGAGAGAGAGAGAGAGACUGCGAGAUCAAAAUGGGGAGACGCUUAACGUUGUUUUAACGAUUUUGGUCCUUCGCGGCCCCCGUAAUCGAGGGGGGCGGGGAUUGCGAGUAGGAUGAGUGUACAUACAACGUUUUUACGUAGCUCACGAUCUUGGUGUUCCAUCCCGGAAGACGGAGAUGGCGGCGGCAAUGACGGCUUCCAUCGCCGGCUGGCCCUCCGGAGAGCCUAGUCUCGAAUGGGAAUCUCUUCUCUUCAGUGAAAUUGGUGAUCUCUUAGGAGAAGAUGAACUUCAGCUAGAUGUAGAGAAUGAAACCUAUGAAAGCAACCUUGGUGACCUUGACUUUGAUUUAGAUUUGAUGUCUUGGGAUUCAGAUGCAUGGGAUAUUACGAAGCAUAUCCCAGCAGAUAUAGAUAAAGAGUGCAAAGUAGAACCUCUCUCACCAACUGCUUCAACAGAUUCAGUUCCUUCUCCUUUACCUGUGGACUCUCCAGUACAACAUGUACCUGAAGGUGUGGAGUUUGGCACUAAUUCGCACUUAUCCACUGCAUCGUUAUAUGACAAACGCAGCUCCAAAUCAUCAUUACCUUUAGAGCAAAGUGAGAAGUCCCCACCUAAAACUACAUGUUCAGCAAAUGGAUCGUCGAUGACCCUUAAACGAAGUAAUCCAGCAGCCUCAAAACCAUUAAUUCAGCCCAAGCCUCUGUUGCAUGCCUUUUGUGAGACUCAGCCCAGUCACCAGGCAAAAGCCAUUGUCAUUCCAGCUCUUCCCACACUCCUGACGCUGCCCAAGCAGCAGCCAAUUGUUACUAUUCAGCCGGCACCUCCAAAAGGUAUAAGGGGUCAGCCACUAAUGCUUUCUCAGCCUGCUGUGGUUCAUCUUCAGACAUCUGGAAUUCUUCCUGCUUCAAAUCCAGCCAUUGCUGUUAAUGGUGGAUUAAAACCAUUAACAGGUCACACCAUUAGGGUAUUACCACAAUCAGCAGGAAAGAGUUUGACCAGUGGGAACCUAGCAGAAACUAAGCCUGUUCUUCACACCACUUCCUCAAACACAAACAUGGAUAUGAAUGUUCUAAGACGGCAGCAGCGCAUGAUAAAAAACCGGGAAUCUGCCUGUCAGUCACGGAGGAAGAAAAAGGAAUAUAUGCAGGGUUUAGAAGCUAGACUGAAGGCUGCUUUGUUAGAAAAUGAUCAUCUUAAAAGAGAGAAUGGUUCACUGAAGAGACAGCUAGAUGACCUGGCAGUGGAGAAUCAGAAUCUCAAAGGCUCCCCUCCAAAAAGAAGAGCGUUCUGCGUGAUGGUGUUGCUUGCUUUUGUAAUGUUAAAUUAUGAUCGGCUAAGUGGGUUUGAAUGGGGACCUGAUUCUACUGAACAUCUUGCCAGCACUAGCUACCAAAGUCGACAUCUUCUUGAAUUUUCUGCAAGUAGGCCUCAGGAAACAGAUGGCAAGAAUAAUGGCGGAUAUAAGCCAUCAGUUUCGGAUAACAAAGCACUCAUGGUAGUUACUGAGGAACCAAUAAUAUAUGUUCCUCCACCACCUUGCCAGCCAUUUAUCAACCGGACACAAUCACUCAGGUUAAGUCAUGAACUAAGAGGUUGGGUACAUAGACAUGAAGCAGAAAGAACAAGAUCAAGAAGGAUGUCAAAUAAUCAGCAGCAAAAAGAGCAGACUGUCCAGAGUGCUUCAGGAAAAAAUUCUGAACUAAUGACUCUUCCCUAUACAGACAACAGUGUUGGUGGGAAUUCAGGAAGUGAGCUACAGGUUUAUUAUGCUUCGCCACAAAAUUAUCAAGAUUUUUUUGAUGCGAUUCACAGAAGGGGAGAUACAUUCUAUGUGGUGUCAUUCCGUAGGGAUCAUCUGUUGUUACCUGCCACCACGCACAAUAAGACCAGGCGACCAAAGAUGUCAAUAGUGUUACCAGCAAUAAACAUCAGUGAGAAAAUAAUUAAUGGGCAAGACUAUGAAGUUAUGAUGCAGAUAGAUACUGAAGUAAUGGACACCAGGAUCCUGCAUAUCAAAAGCUCAUCCAUCCCACCUUACCUUCGAGAACAGCAGAGGAACCACACAACGUCCUUCUAUCAUUCUCCUCCAACCGUUCCAGAGGCAGCUCCUGCUGUGAGAACAAUCACUGAAUCACCCCAAUAGACUCUCCAAAUGAGAUUUUCAUAUGUGCUCUGGGAUAGGCAACCCAUGUAGGUUUGCCAUGGCAGUGUCAGGGGCAGUAUCCUGUCUUAGACAACAGCUUGAGGUUUCUGGAUCUCAGGAUUCUAUCUGCUUUUAGAUCUAGCCAAAAAAUAGUUUCUCGCUCACUCUGUCUAGAUUAUCUGCCAUCUUUAUAAAACAAUAUUUAUGGGUCUAAAAACUUCACUUUGUUAAAAGAAAUGCUAAAAUUGCAAUGGGUAAAAUAGUGUUAUUGAUGGAAGUGAGGCUUCUGUGGGGUUAACUAAAUCCUGGGAUGGGAGGUGGACACUAAAUGGCAUUUCUUUCCCCUUCCUUCUUAGAAAUAAAUAAGAAAUUAAAUCAAUUUCUUGCCAGUUUCUGAAGAAAAAAUGUAGGAGCCACAUAUGGAUUACAGGUUGUCUGUCACUAAUUGUUUGUAUUGUUCUAUUUUCAAUUUCAGUUUGUCUAUAGAAUUUAUACUUUGCAUUCUUUAUUCAAUCUUAUUCUGGGUUCUCUUUCCUGCUGCUUUUUACCAGUGGGAAAGGAGGAAGGAAAUAAGGAACUACAGGCUCUUGUUCACCGAAUUAGAGUUUAAGCCAUUCUUUGUUGCACUUCUAUUUUCAGUACUUUUUCAUUAUUUUAUUCAGUCUCUAGACAAAGUACUAUAUCCUAGACUGGCUUUUUCCAGUACUUUAUUAUACAACAAAUGCCCAGUCCAGCUGUUUUGAAUUUGUUACAUAAGAUACAGAUGUUUUGUUGAUACCACCCUUUAACUAUGUGCAAAUUUGUAAAGUAUUGUUACUGGGGAAAUGUUUCUAGUACUAUUAUAGAAAUUAAAAUUCUCCCACAGUGUAUCUGAACUAGUUUCAUGGGCACCUAUUGACCGAGACUUGCAACAUUAUUAAUGAAGAACUUUGUUUUGAAUACUAACACUCUUAUUACUUUAAGUGAAUGUACUAGAAUUGGAGCAAGUGGUGCUUAUCUAUUGGCCCAUGUUCUGUAGAAGAGAGUCAAAACCCUGAUAUUCCAGAAAGAAGCGAUGUUCAUGUAUGUGCAUCUUCAUGAGCUUCCUGCAUGAAUUUGCUCAUAAGAAUAAUUUAGGUCCUCUGGUUUGGCAACAGGGAAGGAUAAAAAAGGGUGCGUUCUAGUGGAAAGGCCCCCAUUCAUAUUGAGAGCACUAGAUCAAUGAGAACAGGUUCUCUGCCUUUUCCACUCCACCUCUUUCAUUGACAUAGUUCAUGCCCACAUUGGGCAUAUAGAAUACCCACAUUGGGAUAUACUUUGAGAUUGGGAUAAGGGAGGAUGUGUUGCCCAAUGCAUAGAUCUUUGCAGGGGAUACAAAUUAGAGCAUAGUACUGCAUAAGCUAAGAUAUUUAUUUCUUAUCAAAUAUCUGAGCCUCCUUUAGAUGUAAAUAUCCUCAGGGCAGAUUUCAUAGCAAAGGUAAGACUAGUGAGGAGGAAAGAGCACUAGGCUAAGCAUCUGUGAAGUGAGAAAAUACUCUGAAUGUAAAAGGCUGUUUCAAAUAAGUGGAGAACAUAGCAAAGCUUUGUGUGCCUCUCAGGAAAGAAAACCUCCAUUGGCUUACUCCAUUGUAUAGUCAAAAUCUACUUUUCUUCCCUUCUGUAUGUGUGUGAUCUUGUUUAACCUUCAAAAUUCCACUUCCACAUCCUGCAAUCUUACUUUAUUAAAGAUUAUCACAACUUCCACAAAAAUCCACUUCAGGCAUUGCAUAGGUAUUUAUGGAAAUGUAUGAGCAGUGUACACAUAUGAGCAAUAUAACGACAGAUGAAAGUGCAAGAGAUGUACAGCAAUAGUCUUCCCUGAAAAGGGUUGGGCAAAAUUCUUAUCUGUAACUGUUGUGUUGUGGGUUGAAUCAUUGAUACAUUAUCUCUUCUGGAUAACAGAUUGAGUAGGAGUUGUAAUAUUACCUGUGUAUACUUUAACCUUGAAAUCUAUCGGCUUUAUUUAUUUUCUGUGCUAUUAUUUACACAAAUGAACUGCUGGAUAUAAGUAAUGUAAAGUCAAUGAUAUGUACUUCAAAAUGUUUUUAAGUCUUUCUUCAGAAGCAUCAAAAGUGACCUGGACAAAAUCUAACAAAAUUAAACAAAGAUAAUAAUCUACUGUAAACAGUAGCAAAAUAAUUGAAUAGCAUAAAACUAAAAUCCUUACAGAACAAGAAAAGAAACUAGCAGCAGAAUUAGGCUAUAUCAGCUUCACCCCAUAUUUUCCAUCUGCUCUGCCCCAUUUCUUGUUUGUGUGUGUAGAGUAGGCUUCUCACAAGGCAAGAAUCAUUUUUUAUUAGUUAUUCUAUAGAGUGCUAUGAACAUUUAUAUCGGAAGCACAAUGCAUAACCCUGCCUUGAGAAUAGCUUGUUAAAAAUUAACUUCUGUCACAAGAAGUUGCACUGUACAUGGAGCUGAGGAUCUCAGAGCGUUCAGUCUUGAGGGACAAAACAAUUCUGGUUUGUUUGUUUUUUUAGAGAAAAUUUGGCCCUUACUGGAAAUUGAGUAAUGUUUUGUAAAUGUUAUUUGAUUAAAGAAGGCGUUGUUCACUUGGAUGCUGAUGUUCCUUUGUGCCACAAUCCGGAGAACACUUUUCCCUGUUAACUGUUCCCUAUAGACAUCCAUACUAUGUGCAAUUUGAUGCUGUGGAAAUAAACAAAAAGAUGUUUGAAUGUGCACUUUUAAAAAAACAGUAGGGAACAGAUAAGUGAGCAGUUUACUAGAAGUUUUCUUUGGUAUCUUGAAGAUGAAUUUUGGUAGUUAUCCUGGUUUUCAGAUUAAUUUGACUCAAGUUCAUUAAGAAUUUGCCAGAUGAAAAGCAUUUUUAGUUCAGCUAAUUUUUUUCUGCAUCUUAUAUGUUGCAAUGUUAUAAUAAAAAUCUUUUGCGGUCAAAGUAAGUUGUAGAUCCAUGAAGCUAUUGCCAACUAAAAUCUAGCAGUGGUUUUGAAUAUCAAAGUAUCCCAGAUCCAAUUUUGCUAAAUAUGUUAUCUUGACUAAAGUACUUAUAAGUAUCUGCUGGUGGGAAAGUGUACCUUUUGAAAAGACGAAUCAAUGGGAUGGGGAAAAAAGAAUUCAAGACUUUGGGUCAAUCAGGCCUAUGUUUGUUUUUAGUUUUCUCUCUGCCUUAAGCAUCCUUCCUUGUUUGAAAAACUCUUCCCCUUCUUGAGGGCCCUUGUUCAUCUCUAGUCUGGCCAACUGUGGAAAUCAGUUUUGAGCUGUUCUCCUGCCAACCUCAGCAUUUCUUCAAUAUCCCCUGUCCAAAAUUGGCCGACUGCUUUUGGCUGAGUAAAUGUCCAGUGUUGCUUUUUCAUUGCUGUGCUGGAAAUACAACUCUUUGCAGAACACUUUAUUAAAAACAAACAGCCUUCCUCCUCUGAGAAAGUAUAUGGGUAUAUCACAAAAGCCUAAAAUUUCUUGGGUGUUUUCUUUACAGACUGUAACACCUUUAAACAAUGUUAAAAUGGUGUCUUGCACAUUAGGUUGGACCUGUGCUUUGAGUAAUGCUGUAAAGUACGUUUAGUUAAUUUAAGGGACACUCUUAACAGUUGUUAAGUUUGUACUUAACGUUUGGUUUUGGCAAUUAUCUUUUAAGUUAUUUCUUUGUUUCAGUAUUGUGCUUAUUUCUUUGAAAUAUCUGAAUAAGAAAUCAUUUUGUUAUCUGAAAUUACUGUUGGAAGAGUGAGUGCAUUGUCUUUUGCUGCUGGUCUUUAAACAAGAUACCUGGAAUUGAAAUCAUACUACUGGGACAUCACAAUAAAAAAUUACUAUAUGUUUACAUUCUCUUCUAAAAGAUAAAUAAAACAUAUAUGUA